AUGGUCGGGGGGAAGAGGACGCAGCGAAAGUCUGGCUCAAGUCGCGGCUGCGCCUACUUCCUUGGGACGAUGGUGGAUCCAGCUCUCCGGGACGAGCGCCGGCAGGAUGACAAAGAUGAUGCUGGCGAAGAGGAGGAGGAGGAGGAGGGGGUGGAGUUGGAGGAGAAAGAGGAGGGUGGAGAGGAGGAGGACAGGAAGGACAAGGAGGGCGAUGAAUACCCCAGGGGUUUGAGCAAAAACACGGUGUGA